UAUUAUCUCGAUUAGAGUUCAUUGUUCUUUAAUUUAGAUUCUUAUUUGACCCAAAAUAUUAUUAUUAUAAAUUAUAUAAAAAUUAGUAUAACUUUUAAUUAUUUCAAAAGUACAUUUUCCAAGUUGAUAUACUAUCAUUAUAUAAUUAUGAGUCGACAAGUUUAUUACUAUUACAGUUGGUUUAAAUUAUUAAGAACUUGUUAGUAUAUUUUAAUAGUAAAAUGGAGCUAAAAGUUUGGGUAGAAGGAAUUCAACGUGUUGUUUGUGGAGUUACUGAGACAACAACGUGCCAAGAUGUUGUAUACGCAUUAGCUCAUGCAACAGGAAAAACAGGACGGUUCACACUAAUUGAACGUUGGCGUAACAAUGAGCGUCUAUUAGCACCUCAAGAUCAUCCAGUGACUGUACUCAUGAAAUGGGGAGAAUAUGCCAAUGAUGUUCAAUUUAUUUUACAACGUUCUGGUAAUGUUUCUUCAAACAACACAGCGAAUAAUCCCAAAAUAAGUGAAUCUGAAGGAGUACCUUAUUUUUCUCAAGAGCGUAUUAAAGAUACAAGAAAAUCAUUAAUAUUCAGUAAUAUUAGUAAUCGUUUACCUGAUAAUGUGGGUGUAGUACGUGGGAUUCCUCAGCAAAAAACCAAUGUUUUAUCUACAUCUGGGACAAAUUCUGCAUUAACAGUUAUUUCAUCAUCUUCAACUAUAGGUGUUUUGUCAACAUUACCAAUUAGUACUUCUAGUCAGUUGAAUAAAGAUCAAAUAUCUACUUCAGUGAAUAACAGUGUUUUACAGCCAUCUGGGAGUCCUAAUAAAAAGUUUGAGAACUCAAGUUUUAGACCUCCAAUUGCAAGAGCAUUACCACCAUAUAGAGAACCACCACCUCCUUCUGUAAGUCCAGCUAGAAUAUCACCUACAACUGUAUGUAGUGACCGUUUAAAACAACCAAUUUUUAAGGAAUACCAAAAUGAAAACAAUAGUAACAGUCCAAACAUUAUGUACAACCCACAAUACAAAGAUCUCAUAAGAUUAAUUAACUAUCAAAGAGAUAAAUUGUCUAUACAACAAACGGAAUUAACAAAGUAUGAUGCAGAAAUUAUGUAUUGGGAAGGAAAAACUAAAGAACAGCAACAUCAAAUGGACUUUAUGUCACAAGAAGCAGCUCGCAUUGAAACAACUGGUCGCCAUACAGAGGAACAACUAAGAUUAUUGGGGCAAGUUGAAGAAGAAAAUGAUAUUGCGCGUCAACAAGAAAAAACCUUAAAAUCUGAAAUGACAUUAUUACGAUCUAAAUUGGCCAACUGUGAAACAGAAUUAUUAGUUUGUAAAAAUAAAAUACGUUUGUUAAUGGAGGAAGUGGAAACCGAAAAAAAAAUGUUAACCAAAGAUUUAGAAGAAAAACGUAGAGCUGAGAGAGGCAUUAUUAAAGAAGUAGAUAGAUUACAAACGGAAGUUGAAAGAGCUAAACAAGAAACAGAAAUGGCAGCCCAAGUUGGAGAUGGACUUAGAAAAGAAGUUGCUAAUUUGGAAACUACUAUAUCUGAAAAAAAAAGGCAGGUUGAAAAACUUGUUUCCGAUAUGAAAGAAGCAAAUUUGCAAUCGUUAGCAAUCUCACCACCAGAAGAAUUGAAAUUCAUCCUUGAAGGAGCCCAGAGACCAGGAAGCACUCGUAAAAUGAUAGGAUCACCUAGACAACUUGAAAAUGCUGCUCCUACUAGCAAGAACCCACAUGGUGUUUGGGUUUGAAGUAUUUGUUACCUUAAAAUUCUAGAUAUUUUUAGUAAGUUCAUUUUUAAAAUUGAUUGAUCAAUUUAACUAUAUUAUUAAAUAUUUGUAUAUUAGUAUUUGUUUAAAUAUUAUUAGUACGCUUUUUUUGCUAUCAAUAUUGUAUAUUGUUUUGUUAUAAUAUCUGUUGAUCACUUUACACAUCACAGCAUAAUUGCUAACAUUUUUUUUUACCAAAAGCUAUGUUUUCAACAAUAUAUUUAUAAGUUCAUUUUUGAUCUCUAUACUUAUGUUGUAAUUUAUUAACUACUAAUUAGAAUAUCAAUUUUAUCUAAUUAAAGCUGCUCAAAUAAUUUAAAAA